AAAUAAAACGAGAAUAAAACAUUUACACACUGCAUCAGAUAUCAUAAUUAAUGUAAAUCAACAUUAGUCUCAGUCUACUUAUAAAAUAAUACCUACAUUACCUAAAGAAGAAUUUGACGAAGUAUUUUAAAACGUGCACUACGUUGUUUAUAACCUAUAAGUGAAAAUGGAAACUGAAUCUGAAGAGGUGAAUGAUACAGGCCCUGUAGAAAAUGCAUGGUCUUUGAAAAUACCAAAGUUUACUCCAGAUGAUAAUCCACAUGGUCUUUUAGAAGAAAGUAAAUUUGCAACUCUUUUUCCAAAAUAUCGUGAACAAUAUUUAAAGGAAUGUUGGCCUUUAGUCCAAAAAGUGUUAAAUGAGCAUCAAAUAAUUGGAGAGUUAGAUUUAAUAGAAGGUAGUUUAACAGUGAAAACAACAAGAAAAACUUGGGAUCCCUAUAUCAUUAUUAAAGCACGAGAUUUUAUGAAACUAUUGUCCAGAAGUGUGCCAUUUGAACAAGCUGUUCGAGUCUUGGAUGACGAAAUUGGAUGCGAUAUAAUUAAAAUAAAUUCAUUUGUUAGUAAGAAAGAGACAUUUUUAAAACGACGCCAGCGUUUAAUAGGGCCAAAUGGUGUGACAUUAAAAUCAAUUGAACUUUUAACUGAAUGUUAUGUGUUGGUACAAGGUAAUACGGUUUCAGCUGUUGGUCCUUAUAAGGGCUUAGUACAGGUUAGAAGAAUUGUUGAGGACACAAUGAAAAACAUACAUCCUAUGUACAAUAUCAAAAGUCUUAUGAUCAAACGAGAAUUAAUGAAAGAUCCUAAGCUUAAAAAUGAAAGUUGGGAUAGAUUUCUGCCCAAGUUUAAAAGUAAAAACGUACCAAGGAAGCAACCCAAAAAUAAAGUCAAGAAGAAGGCUUACACUCCAUUCCCUCCACCACAACCGGAAAGUAAAAUUGAUCAACAGUUGGCAACUGGUGAAUAUUUCCUUAAAGAUGACCAAAAGAAAGCCAAACAUCGCCAUGAAAAAGAAGAGAAACAACAACAAGCUAAAAAAGCCAAGGAAGAAGCAAGGAAAAAGGAUUUCAUUCCACCUGAAGAGAAGAAAUAUGAUAACACAAUACCAAUUGAAACAGAAGUUAACAUUGGUGCUUUUAAAGCAAAAAUGAAAAAAGUUGCUAAAUCAAACAAAGCCCUCAAAAAAGCUAUAUAAUGAUAAUACUUCUUAAAUCUUAAUAAAAAAUUGAAAGUA